CACAUUCACGUGUAAAAAGAAGUAAGGUUAAAUCUAAAUUUCUUUAGUUUUAUAAAUGCUUUCAAAACAUCAUGGACAUGAUAUUAACAAAACCAGUUGUAGAUGGUCAAAAGUACAAAUCGAUAGAAGUACAUAAACUAAUAGAGCUUAACUAUGAUCUAGGAACUCUUCUUGCGGAAGAUACAAACGAAUUUGAUGUUCACCAUUUAAGAAAAGAUAAAAACGAUUAUUUACUGCAAUUAUCUAGAGAUAAUACACAAUUGUUGAUAAAUCAAAUAUGGUGCUUACCCACAGAGCGUAUAGAGGAUGCUAUAGUUGCAAAAUUACCCAUUCAGAAAACCAGACUUCCUCGUAUGAAACAUAUUCCAAAACCCAGACCGUUAACAAAAUGGGAGCAGUUUUCUAAAGCUAAAGGUAUAGUAAAAAAAAAGAAAGCAAAAUUGUCUUGGGAUGAACAACUGAAAAAAUGGGUACCUUUAUUUGGGUACAAAAAAACACAGGCUGAAAGGGAAAAGGAUUGGGUACUAGAGGUUCCUGCUAAUGCAAAUCCUAUGGAAGAUCAAUUUGAGAAGAAUAUUCAAGCUAAAAGUGAAAGAGUUGCUAAAAAUGAACUUCAGAGGCUGAGGAAUAUUGCUAAAUCUAAGAACAUCAAAGUGCCUAAGGUUGGAGUAUCCAAUUCAGAAGUGUCAUCAGCUAAAGAUCUACAAGCUGCCGUUACAGUAGCUAAAGCUUCAACAGCAAGUCUCGGCAAAUUUCAAAAAGAGCUGCCUAAAGAAAAAGAAGCCAAGGGCGUAUCUGACAUAACUCCAGGUGCAAGCAGAAAAAGAAAAAUGCCACCCGUUUUGGGAGAUGUAGAGAAAAGAGAAAAUUUGGCAAUAGUAGAUACUAUUUUGAAUAAGAGACCCAAAUUGAAUAUAGAGAAAGCUGUAGCAAGACAUAUAAAUAAUGAGCAAGUAGAGAGCAGUUCAAUGGACAGACCAAAGUCGGUAAAGAAAAGUGGACGUAAAAGCAAAGACAAUUUCAAAAGACCAAAAGGCAAUAGUGGUCAGAGAACGGGUGGAAAAAGUGGAGGUGGAAGAAAGAGGCGUUGA